AAACCAAGAUGUACAGGAAUGUGAGUUUUUCGGUAUUUUAUUAUGUAUGGCUUCUAUUCUGGAUAUAUCCCAUCACCUCACAUUCUCUUAUUAAUCCCCUUUGAGGGGUUUGUCCUCCCGGUCAGUCGGUGCCCACCCUGGGAUGUAGCCGGGCACUUGCCCCUCCUCAGCAGGUGAGGCCGGGUGGGCUCGGAGCCUGUGGGCUUUGUUACAUUCCUGUGCAGACACUCAGCAGCCGCUCCAUGAGGAAGGGCAGGGACUGAGCCGCUCCAACCGGUCGGACAGGUAAGGAGCUUGUUGACACCGUUAUAUUUACAGUACGCAUGCGCGCUGCGGCAGUUCCUGGUGCGGUUUUUCUAUUGCUCGUUUUCUCGGAAGUUUUUGGAGUGCGGGUACAGGUAGCGGAGCACACCUGAGCUGUGCCGAACCCACCCGCCACUGGACCCGUCCUCCCCAACACUUCUGGCGGGAGCAUCCAGGUGGAGGUGAGACGUGUCCUCCCCGCUAGAUCUCUGGAAUCCAUCGGAUCACCAUGCCCAGAGCCUUCCUGGUGAAGAGGAGGACCCCGCCGCCUCUAGUCCGCAGCUGGGACGAACUGCCCGACGAGGAGCGAGCGGACACCUACAUCCCAGACAGUAUUGACUGCAUCUUCAAGUAUGUGACUGAAGACAGCCUGAGUAACAGCAGCAGUAAUGGUGACCCUGUAGGGGAUAGUCCUGAGAGGGGCAGCAGUGACUCCAGCCUGUGUAAUGGGAGCCUGACCACCCCCAACAGUGCUGACCAGUGUGAAGACGACUUGUCACCUGAAGCAAAAGGCAGCAGUGAAGAGAAUGCUGAGGAACAAGCUCUGGAUCUGAAGAAAUCUUCUGCCAGAUCCAAAAUUAAGGUCACCACUGGAAAACUUACGGAGGAGAUUUAUAGCUGCCACAUGUGUGGUAAAGGGUUCCGCUUGCAGCGCAUGCUCAAUCGUCACCUCAAGUGUCAUAACCAGGUUAAAAGGCACCUCUGCACCUUCUGUGGGAAAGGAUUCAAUGAUACUUUCGAUCUGAAAAGACACGUGCGGACUCACACAGGUAUCCGGCCAUAUAAAUGUGACAUCUGCAACAAAGCAUUUACUCAGCGCUGCUCAUUGGAAUCUCAUCUGAAGAAAAUCCACGGGGUGCAGCAAGGGUAUGCGUAUAAGCAGAGGAGGGACAAGCUAUUUGUGUGUGAAGAAUGUGGUUACACUGGACCCUCCCAGGAGGAUUUAUAUUUGCAUGUUUACAAUACCCACCCUGGCAGUGCCUUCCUUAAGAAGACCACAAAAAAACUGAACGCUCUUCUACAGAACAAAAUUGCAUCUGUGCUCCAGGGAAGUCCUCCACCAGACGAAGAGGCGGAGUGAAAAGCACAUAAACUUUUUGUACAGAUGUUUACAAGAGAUAUGAACUUUUAUAUUUUUACUGAUAAUUUUAUUAUUUUUACUAAGGUAGAGGGAUGCCAACUUCUUAAUACAACAAACUGAUCAUAGAUACAUUUUAUUUGUCAUAAAGGAAACUACUGACUUAGCUUAAAAAAAAGUGACAUUUUUAUUUAACGGCCUGCUUUGGUACUGUGACAGUGUGUACAUAUCAUGAUAUGAUAGAUCUCAAAAUAUAAUGUCUCUGUACCAACAAUUGUAUAAAAAAAACAUUUACUUUGUAUACUAAGAUUUUUUUAAUAACAGUUAUGUUUUAUAUAUAUAUAAUGGGUGCUGGUACCUUUUUAAUAAAUGUAAGG